AUGCUAACUGCUCCCUAUCUAUGGAAACCCUCCCCCGACGUAACCUCUCUCCGCCACGGAAUCAUCACCCUUCCAGCCUCCGUUACGAUUCCUCAACGACCAUCGGCGGCCCAUCCCAUCCGUCGGCCAUCCUCUGACUUCACGCCACAGGUCUAUCUUUUCGAUUGUCGACGCGAAGGGAUCGACAGGGAAGACGAUGACCCUCCUCACCUUUCCGGCGAAGACGAUGACCCUCCUACCCUUCCGGCGUUGGCCCUCCUCCCCUUUCCGGCGAAGACGACAAAAAUGAAUCUGAGGUAG